AAUAUUAUGCACAGCAAUCAAUACUCAGAUUCGAUCUUUCAAAACCUCCCCAACAUUAAGUUCAUCCUUUCAUGGCGACAGAGCCGAUCACUCUCAACUACCCCACUCUCCUUCUCAUCCUUUCACCUCUCAUCAUCUUCUUCCUAAUCCGAAUCUUCAAUCCAUGGCGCCGCCGCCGGAACCCCCAAAAUCUACCUCCGAGCCCUCCAAAGCUGCCGGUGAUCGGCCACCUGCACCACCUCCUCGGAGGCCUGCCGCACCAGGUCCUCGCCAGAUUAUCCCGCAAGUACGGCCGUGUCCUGCUUCUGCAUCUCGGAGAGAUCUCGACGGUGGUGAUUUCCUCGCCGGCGGCUGCCAAGCAGGUCCUCAAGGACCAGGACCCCGCCUGCGCAGACAGACCCAAAACCAUCGGGCUCGAGAUCAUGUGGUAUAAUUACUCCGAUCUCGCCUUCUGCCCUUACAACGACCAGUGGCGACAACUGCGGAAAAUCUGUGUUCUCGAACUUCUGAGUUCAAAAAACGUUAAAUCUUUCGGCUACAUUAGGGAAGACGAAGCUUCACAUUUGAUCUCGACCGUCCAAUCCUUUGCAGCGUCGCGAGAGGCGAUCAAUCUGACGGAGACUAUUCUCCGAUUUUCAAGCUCCGUCAUUUGUCGGGCGGCGCUCGGGAAGGAUCAGACGGCCAAUGGCGAUGCUUUGAUUGAAAUGAUGAAGAAGGCUCUGUCGAUGGCCGGCGGAUUUGAGCUUGCCGAUCUGUUUCCAUCAUCGAAGUUGCUGAAUUUGCUGUGCUUGAAUAAGUAUAGGCUGAUGUGGAUGCACCGGAAACUCGAUUCCAUUCUCGAUGAUAUCGUGGAUGAGCAUAAACUCCGGAAGGGCGGUGAAUACGGCGGGGAAGAUAUAGUCGAUGCUAUGCUGAGAAUUAAUAGAAGUGAAGAUGGUCAAGACUCCAUUUCUAAGGAUAACAUCAAGGCCAUCAUCUUUGACAUGUUCAGCGGUGGGACAGAGACAACGUCUACAACCAUAGAUUGGGCGAUGGCUGAGCUAAUGAAAAACCCGAGAGUGAUGGCGAAGGCACAAGCGGAGCUAAGAGAAAUCCUAAAAGAAAAAAAGACAAUAAAUAGCGGCGACAUCGAAGAAAUGAAGUAUUUAAAGCUGGUGAUCAAAGAAACCCUACGAUUACACCCUCCGAUGCCAUUACUACCAAGAGCGUGCAGAGAUAAAUGCAUGGUCAAUGGAUAUUCGAUCCCUCUUAAAUCGAAGAUUUUGGUAAAUGUUUGGGCGAUUGGAAGGGAUCACGAGUAUUGGGACGAGGCUGAAAUGUUUAAACCGGAAAGGUUUGAGGAUAGUUCGAGAGAUUUCUUUGGGAACAACUUCGAUUACUUGCCAUUUGGGACUGGGAAAAGGAUCUGUCCCGGUAUAAAUUUCGGAUUGGCAAACGUCGAGCUGCCUUUGGCUCGACUGCUUUACCACUUCGAUUGGAGAAUGCCCGAUGGAAUGGAAGAGAAUGAGAUUGAUAUGACCGAGGGAUCGGGCAUCACCGUGUCCCGAAAGAAUGAUCUUUUCUUGGUUCCUUUGUUGGCUAAUGCUCCAUAGUUCACUUGAUCCAAGUUAGCUACAUUAUGCAUAAUUACAUUUUCGAAUCAAUGUAUCAUAGUUGUGUUAUGAAAAUUUACGAGGAAUAAAGGAGGGAGUUCUGGAGU